AUGCGCGCGCGUCAGCUCGAGAGCGCGCUGAGCGCCAACGUGGACGAGACGUUCGCGACGCCGAAACAGCGACUCGAGCAGUACCCGACGAACGCCGCGCUCGCCGCGGGCGUGCUGCACGGCGCGCGCGCGCGAGGGGACGUCGAGGGGAAGUUCGUCGUGGAUUUAGGGUGCGGGACGGGGAUCCUGAGCGUCGCGGCGACGCUGUGCGACGCGGCGGUGGUGGUGGGGGUGGACGUGGACGAGGACGCGCUGACGCGGUGCGCGGAGAACUUGCGAGCGUUUGAACCGGCGCUGGAGGUGGAACUGGUGUGCGGGGACGUGAUCGAUGGGAGUUGGACGCUCGGUGGACGACGGAUGGGGCGGGGGGGGAAGAGGUGCGACACGGUGUUGAUGAAUCCGCCGUUCGGCGCGUGGCGCGGCGGCGCCGACGUGGCGUUUCUCCGCGCGGCGUUUAAGAUUGCGGAUGGGGCGAUUUAUAGCUUACACAAGACGUCGACGAGGGCGCACAUAGAGAAAGUGGCGAAGACAAGGUUUCACGCGCGCGAGGCGGAGGUGUUGGCGCAGUUGAAGUACGACUUGCCGGCGACGUACGGGCACCACAGGGAAAAGUCGGUGGAAAUCGCCGUGGAUUUGUGGCGAUUCGAGCCGACGCCGGGGGCGGUCAUAGAUGACGAGGCGUUAGAAUUAGAAUUAGCACACGAUGCGUCGAUCGACGGCUUGGCGCGCGAUUUAUCGAGCAAGGCUCACGUGCGCGGCGGGCGUGGCGGCGGGCGCCGAGGCGGUGGGCGCCGAGGCGCGCGCGGUGGUCGAGGAAAGUGA